AUGUCCGACCGCACGACGACAGGUGUCGCCACGUCGCCGGCCACGACCAAGAAGCGCCGAUCGAAUAGCAAGGCCGCAAAGAAGACGCAGACGCAGACGCAGCAACUCCACGAGCAGCAGGAGCAGGAGCUGCCCGAGGCGCCGCCGCCCGCGACGCGCUCGCGCAAACCGACGUCCAAGUAUCGCCAUGUUGAGGCUACGCACUCGCUUGUCCGCCCAUCCUGCUUGAGCCACGACUCCAACGUGUCGCCUAGCUUCCUGGGGUUCCGCAACCUCAUGGUUAUUGUCCUCGUGGUUGGCAAUCUGCGAUUAAUGAUUGAAAAUAUUCAAAAGUACGGCGUCCUCAUCUGCCUUAAAUGUCACGACUUUCGCCGCCAUGACGUCCUCGUCGGGCUCGGCCUCUUCUGCCUCAUCCCCUGCCACCUCCUCGUCGCCUACCUCAUCGAGCUCGCUGCCGCGCGUCAGGCGAUCCGAUCGCGCCGGCGCAUGGUCGAAGGCGCGACGGGUCCGUCGGAGCGCGACCGCCGCAAGUUUCACAACAUUUGGAUCGUCGUUGCCUGGACGCACAUGCUCAACAUCACACUCGCCCUCGCCCUCACCACCUUUGUCGUCUACUUUCACGUCCACCACCCCUUCAUGGGCACCAUGGCCGAGACGCACGCCAUCAUUGUCUGGCUCAAGACCACCUCGUACGCCUUCACCAACCGCGACCUGCGUCAUGCCUACCUCCACCCCGUCAAGGGCGAAUCGGUUCCCGACUUCUACAAGGCCUGCCCGUAUCCGGAGAACAUCACUGUCAACAACAUGACGUACUUUUGGUGGGCGCCCACGCUCGUCUAUCAACCCGUGUACCCGCGUACCGACAAGAUUCGCUGGAUCUACGUUGCCAAGCGCCUUGGCGAGGUCUUUGGCCUGUCCGUCUUCAUCUGGUUCGCCAGCGCGCAGUACGCGGCGCCGGUUCUGCGCAACUCGCUCGACAAGAUUGCGUCGCUCGACUUCUUCUCCAUCCUCGAGCGUCUGCUCAAGCUGUCGACGAUUUCACUCGUCAUCUGGCUGGCCGGCUUCUUCGCCAUCUUCCAGUCCUUCCUCAACGCGCUGGCCGAGGUGACGCGCUUCGGCGACCGCUUCUUCUAUGACGACUGGUGGAACAGCGAGAGUCUGGGGUCUUACUGGCGCACCUGGAACCGGCCCGUCUACACCUACUUCAAGCGACACGUCUACAUGCCGCUGCUCGGCCGCGGCUGGAAGCCCUCGACGGCCAGCUUUGCCGUCUUCUUCGUCUCAGCGGUGCUGCACGAGGUUCUCGUCGGCGUCCCCACGCACAACAUCAUUGGCGUCGCGUUCUUUGGCAUGUUCUUGCAGUUGCCCCUAAUUGCCCUAACAGCGCCUCUGGAAAAGAGGAAGAUGGGUAACGGCGGCAAGGUGCUAGGCAAUGCCAUUUUCUGGGUGUCUUUUACCAUCUUCGGGCAGCCGUUUGCCGCGCUCAUGUACUUUUAUGCCUGGCAGGCCAAGUACGGAAGUGUUAGCCGCCAGCCCAUGCCAUCUGGGACAAAAUAG